AAAUGGAAAAAAUAAUUUUAAAAUUUGUCUGAGUCGUCUCUGCCCAAAGAGAAAUCAUGUGCUAACAGCUGACGACGACUUCACCACUAACUCACAUUCACAAUUUUGAUCUUAAGACGCACAGAAGGAGGCUGAAGAAGAUUUAGGGUUCUCGGUUUCUUCUUCUUCUGCUCCUCCUACUUUCCUUUUUCUUCUUCUUUGGGCUUCUUUCAUUAAUACUGUUCAUGUUUAGUUAGAAAAUCAAAACACAAAGAAGUACAUUUAUUCUCUCGUAGAGAUACUCAUCAAUUUUAGAAUAAAUUAACUUCAUUUUUUCUUAUUUUGAUCACUGUGGGUGGAAUCAGUAACUCAGAAAAAUUAGGAAACCCUAGAUUAAUAAUAGAAAGAAAAGGGGUUGCAUAUGAUGUCAGGAAGAAGAGAUGGAUCGUUAAUGAGGAGCAAUGUUCAUUCAAUUCGUGGAUCUAGAAUUGCUAUUGCUAUUGGUAUCGGAAUUCUACUUGGUUGUGUUUUUGCAUUUUGUUUCCCUCAUGGAUUCUUUGUUGCUAAUUCUCCUUCCCGAAUUCAGAAUCGUCGAAUUGCUACCAACAAUCUCCAGGUUGGUUCUGCCGCAUGUGAAUCAGAUGAAAAGGCGAACAUGUUGAAGUUGGAAUUGGUUUCUGUAUCGGAUAAGAAUGCUGAAUUGAAGAAGCAGGUCAGGGAAUUGACUGAGAAGCUUCGAUUAGCUGAGCAAGGGAAGGAUCAAGCUCAAAAGCAGGUUUUGGUUAUGGGUAAUCCACAUAAAGCUGGUCCUUUCGGCACUGUUAAGUCUUUGAGGACUAAUCCCACUGUUGUUGCUGAUCCGUCUGUUAAUCCUAGACUGGCGAAGCUACUCGAGAAAGUUGCUUUCAGAAAAGAGCUGAUUGUUUGUUUGGCGAACUCGAAUGUGAAGGAAAUGCUAGAGGUUUGGUUUAAUAACAUCAAGAGAGUGGGCAUACCUAAUUAUUUAGUUGUUGCACUGGACGAUGAUAUUGCAAAUUUCUGCGAGCUGAAUCAUGUUCCUGUUUAUAAAAGAGAUCCUGAUCAAAAUGUUGAUGAAAUUGCGAGAACAGGAGGUAAUCAUGCUGUUUCAGGGUUGAAGUUUCGUGUGUUGAGGGAGUUCUUGCAACUUGGUUACAGUGUUCUUCUAUCCGACGUUGACAUAGUGUACUUGCAAGACCCGUUUGAUCACAUCUAUCGGGAUUCAGAUGUCGAGUCCAUGACUGAUGGUCACAAUAACUCAACAGCUUAUGGAUUUAAUGAUGUCUUUGAUGAACCUUCUAUGGGUUGGGCUCGUUAUGCACACACAAUGAGGGUGUGGGUUUUUAACUCCGGUUUCUUCUACAUAAGGCCAACAAUUCCUGCAAUCGAACUUUUGGAUAGGGUGGCUGAUCGGCUUGCUAAGGAAAAUGCAUGGGACCAGGCUGUAUUCAAUGAAGAGCUAUUCUACCCUUCGCAUCCUGGGUACGAGGGUCUUCAUGCAUCUAAGAGAGUAAUGGAUUAUUAUAACUUCAUGAACAGCAAAAUACUCUUCAAGACCGUCCGGAAAGAUGACAAACUGAGAAAGUUAAAGCCCGUGAUUGUCCAUGUGAAUUACCACCCAGAUAAGCUUCCAAGAAUGAAAGCAGUUGUCGAUUUCUAUGUUAAUGGUAAUCAAGAUGCUCUGCAAGCAUUCCCAGAUGGUUCUGAAUGAUUGGUAGAAAAAGGUUAGGUGUACGUCGGCUUUAAAAGAUAUAUCUGGUCACUAGGGUUCAUGGCUUUUCAUUGGUUAUGUAUCCUACCAUAAGCAUACUCAGUACCAUUGCGGAGGGAUUUUGCUAGAAUAGUUUUCUUGCCCCAGCAUUGGGGUUUUUAUGAGACGUGUUAUUUGUCUUUUUUAUAGUUGAAUGUAACUUUUGCUUUUCACUCCCGGCCAAACUGCCCUGUAAGUUUAGCCUAUCAUAAUCAUGUAACAACUUUGGGUUUUAAAUGCAUUAGUCUGAGAUUUACAUUGUCUU